AUGGUGCAAUUUGUUGAAAUGACAAUUCUAGAUUGGCGUGACAAAAGGAUUCAAAUUAUUGGGGCGAAUUCCAGCCUCGAGGAUCAGAGUCAGGUUUACACGUCGCCGACCGCCACCUACGUCGGCGUAUACGACGGACAUGGUGGACCUGAGACCGCACGCUUUGUUAACAAUCACCUCUUCCCUUACCUCCACAAGUUUGUAAAGGAGCAAGGGGGAUUAUCAUCAGAUGUAAUAAAGAAGGCCUUUUCUGCUACAGAAGAAGAUUUUACUCAUUUAGUGAAGAGAUCAUUUCCAUCCAAACCUCAGAUGGCCUCCGUUGGAUCGUGUGUCUUGGUCGGUGCAAUUUCAGACGGUAAUUUGUAUGUGGCUAACUUGGGAGACUCGAGAGCUGUUCUUGGCAGGAGAGGCUUUGAUGGAGAAAAAAAAAUGGUGGCCGAAAGAUUGUCCACAGACCAUAACGUUUCGUCUGAGAAUGUGAGGAGGGAGGUUGAAGCACUUCAUCAAGACGACAUGCCUGUCGUGGUUUAUUGCCGAGGAGUUUGGAGAAUCAAGGGAAUAAUUCAGGUGUCUAGAUCAAUCGGGGACGUGUAUUUGAAGAAACCCGAGUUUCACAGAGACCCAAUGUUCCUACAAUACGGAAGUUAUGUUCCGAUGAAGCGACCUGUAUUGUCAGCAGAACCUUCCAUUGUUACUAGAAAGCUUAGACCACAAGAUUUGUUCCUUAUUUUCGCCUCUGAUGGGCUAUGGGAACAGCUCAGUGAUGAUGAAGCUGUUCAAAUAGUAUCAAAGUACCCACGAGCUGGGAUAGCCAAGAGAUUAGUAGCAGCAGCUCUUCAAGAAGCUGCAAAGAAAAGGGAAGUGAGGUAUAGAGAUAUCAAGAAGAUUGAGAGGGGAAUAAGAAGGCAUUUCCACGAUGACAUCACUGUUGUUGUGAUUUUUCUUGAUCAUCAAAAAACCUCGUCCAAUAAGCUAGGUACAUCUGGCGGUAUUACCUCACCCGUCGACAUCUUCACUUACAAUUCCGAUGAACGUGUGGAAAAUUCAGGUGACAAGAUUUUCCCCAACUAGGAAUCGAGAUACGAGGGUUAACAUGUGCGGCAAUAAGUAGAAGGCAUGAUCAUCAUCUUGUAUAGAGGUUCUGGUGUAGAUAAAUCAUAGUGCUGAAGUAUUCUGAUCAAAGAGAGCUUUUUUUUUCGUUCUUUUUCGUUGAAAUGUAGCCUCUAACACCGAAUACAGCGUCAUUCUUUUCUUGUUUUUGAAGGUUUAAUUCUGGUUUUCGAAUUUGCUAUCAGUGUUUAUGAUAGUUGGAAAUUCACCAAGUCAUGUAUGGAUUUUUGUUUGUUU